AUGCGUGCUGUGGAGCGGCUGCUUCUUCCUACCGUGUUGUUCAUUCUGUUCCUGGUCUUCACCGUGGACGCAGUUAAUAGAGGCCAUCAAGUGAAUGCCGAAGAAGUGAAAAAGGUAAUUUGUCCGCAAUGCUACAAAAUGGAGAGUGGCAUGAUUCAGGAGUUUUUUGUGGUCAGUAAUGUAUAUUACGGUCUCAGGUAUAUUCCAGUGUUUAACUUGACCAGAUUCCAGCGUUACAUGAUAGAAGUUACUGGCGGUGGUUUUUUCAAGCGGGUUCAAGUGUAAGUUUUGAGAGAUCUGAAAGUUUUUGUUGUUGGCCUUUAACAUAAUUUGUUGUUAUAACAUAGUUUGUUGAUUAUCUUCAACAAAACAACAUGUUGUCUUAAUUUCUGCGGUUUUUUCACCUUUCAAGUUCAGAAAGUUGAUGGACGGUGAUUACCAAUACGCUGUCAACGGACGGAACAAUAUGAGAUCAACAGAUCCUCAAUUCUGCUUUCACAAUACGCAAUAUCCAAUGGACCAUGAGCGAGCAUUCACCUACUUGUACAUCUACAUCAAGAGUAAAACGGAAGCAUAUGAUUUGAGAAGAGUAUGUGACGACGACUUUCAAGUACACGACCCAGCAUUUUUGUUGCAAGAACUACCGCGUGAGUUGGCCGGAGAGUUCAAUUACCAAUACCUAGAUACGUGCUUUGUAUGUUGUUUAUGGCGCUGUAAAUGGGGCUUAGUUUCUAGUGUGCUUCUUCUCCUUACUUCAGAUCUUACCCUACCCUCUCAGCUUAACGUCCUUUUCUUAGUAUAAGUAAUUGUUUUUAUAAUACGAUAUUUUAUAUUAUAAAUACUUUUUGUUGUUUUAGGAGUUUAAAAACAGAACAUGCGUGUACGACGUCGACAAUCCAUCCUAUUUGACCUUCUUCGAAGGCAAAAGACAUCGUAUUGCCUACAUGCGCAACGGUAUAGUCGUGUACUUGGGAUGCAUUGAUUAUAGGUGUGCGUACUACAUGCACGACACCAAAACCGGGUAUGUCACUAUCGAACAUUUUUGAAAAUUUUGUGGAAAAAAAUCGAUUUUAUAAUUAAAAAUAUUUUUUCUAAAUGUGAAUGGGACUAACAUUCUAAAUUUGAAUGGGACUAACUUUACUAUUUUAGAACCGACUGGUGGAUUCCGGAUGACAUAAAAGUACAUACAAGUAGCGUCUCUGGUGACAUACGCACGAUUGUGCCACUUUUGAGACCAGACGAUCCCUUCAACGAUAGUCCAUUACGUUACAAGUAUACCACGACCACCGAAACCCCUACAACUCAGUUGACAACCACUGUUAAGACGACUCGGCAGACCUUGGCGCCCUUGACUAGAAAUCCAGGUGGAGAUGAUACGGCUCCUGAACAUCAUGAAGAACCAGAGGCUCCAGAACACCAUGAGGAUGGUUCCGAGACCGAAACCGUCACUAAAGCUGAUUCAUCAGCUGAAAAUGUUGCUGUGAUGUGGAUAGUCGCGUUGAUGUUAUACGGGUUCUGA